UUUUCGACUAAAAGAAGAACCCUCGACACUCUUUUUAACACUUCGACAUUAUCAGCAGCUCAACACACCUCUCUUUCUUCACUCUCAAAACACAGAAAACCAAACAGAACCCUUCUUCCUUAUUCCACUGCUACACAGAACAACACUCAACUCCACAAGCUGUGGUUCUCAGUCUGAAGUAGGAGAGUAGGGAAAGUAGAGAGAUUGUUUUACUGGUUUCGGGUUUAUAGAAAGUCGAGAACUUUUUAGGAGAAUCUGGAGCUUGGUCUCGCGUAUGGAUUAUAGUGAAGAGCUGAGAUAGUUGGAUUACCAGUUUACUUACUACAGGUGUUUCUGUCUAGCUUUACUUCAUUUGUUCAACCGGAAGGAGAUAAAUGGCGCAUACCAUUGCUCAACAGAAUAGUACAGUUGAUUUCCGAUGUUUGCAUGUGUGUGCAAAAGAAGUUAGCCCCUGUUCUGGCAUUGGUCAUUUACCAAUAUCAAGGGUUUUAAGCAAGUAUAGUCAUGAAUCUCAGUGUUGUUUACGAUGGGGAGGUGUUGGUUCCAAAAGCGAUGUGCAGUAUUUACAGCAUAGGGGUUUUCGGAGAAGUGUUUGUAUUGAUAGAGUCCAUGAAGUGGACCUGGAUGAAUGGAGCAUUGAUACUGAUAAGAUGGGUAUCGAGAAAAAAUCUGGAGAAGAAUUGUAUGAGAAGAGGCCUCAUAGGUCUUCAACAGGGGAUUUAGAUGGGCGUUUUGUUGGAAAUGGUGAGGAUAAAAAUAAUGAUGUUCUUCGGAAUUUCUGCAGCCGUGGGAAGUUACUUCUUGCAUCAAGACUGAUUGAUAUCAUGGCACGUCGAAACCAAAUUCCGGAUUUCCCUUGUUGCAAAAACUUAAUCCGAGGGCUCGUUAAAAUAGAUCAAGUAGAUAAAGCUGCGAAGAUUCUAAAGAUCAUGGUCAUGUCUGGUGGGGUUCCAGAUAUUAUCACAUAUAACAUGAUGGUGAGUGCUUUCUGUAAGAAAGGAAAGUUAAGAUCUGCAAUUGAUCUUGUGGAAGACAUGAGCUUGAGCGGUUGCCCUCCAGAUGUGAUUACUUACAAUACAAUAAUCCGCGGCAUGUUUGCUAUUGGGAAUUUUGAGCAGGCUAUUGCAUUUUGGAAGGAGGAACUGAGAAAGGGGUGCCCUCCUUAUAUAGUUACCUAUACUGUUCUCAUCGACCUAAUCUGCAGACACUGUGGAAUCAUGCGGGCUGUGGAAGUUUUGGAUGAUAUGGUAGUAGAGGGAUGUUAUCCUGAUAUUAUUACCUACAACUCUCUGGUUAAUUUUACUAGUAGACGGAAUAAACUUGAAGAUACUACUCUGGUCAUUCAUAAUCUUCUCUCUCAUGGGUUCGAUCCCAAUGUUGUUACUUACAACACUAUUCUCCAUUCGCUUUGUGGCCGUGGGUUUUGGGAUGAAGCAGAUGAAAUCUUCACAAUCAUGAAUGAGACGUCUGUAUCCCCUACAGUUGUUACUUACAAUAUUUUGAUCAAUGGUUUGUGUAAAUAUGGGAUUUUAGAUCGCGCAAUCAACUUCUUUACUCAAAUGAUUUCUCAAAAUUGUUCGCCGGAUAUCAUAACCUAUAACACACUGCUGGGAGCUCUUUGCAGGGAGGGAAUGAUUGAUCAGGCCAUCCAGUUACUUGAACUUUUAAGUGGUACCAGUUGUUCACCAGGUCUGAUCACUUACAAUACUGUGAUUGAUGGAUUGGCUAAAUCGGGGUCUAUGGAGAAAGCCAUGGGAUUGUAUGGUCAAAUGGUAGAAAAUGGUAUCAUUCCUGAUGAAAUUACCCAUCGUUCUUUGGUUGGUGGCUUUUGCCGGGCAAAUCUAGUUGAGGAAGCUGCUGCUAUACUGAAGGAGAUGCAUAAACGAGGCCACCAGGUCCGAACUAGCUCUUUCAAGUAUGUGAUCCAUGGAUUAUGUAGAAACAAUAAAGUGGAUCUUGCAAUACAAGUUCUAGAAAUGAUGAUAUCAAAUCGGUGCAUGCCAGAUGAGGGAAUUUAUUCAACUAUACUCAAAGGUGUAACUGCUGCUGGUAUGACAAAAGAGGCUGAUCAGUUGCGUCAGAAGCUGAUUGAAUGGAAUGUUGUACGAGAAGAGACCAUGUUAAUCUAGAUGAGGCUUUUGCAAAAUUUUGACUUCCUUUGGUACUUCUUACUGGACAUGAUAGCCAUUUCUUGGUAGAAGUUGUAUAGACAUGCAAUAUCCUAAGGUUCUCUUGUAAUGUUAUUGUGAGAAGUCAUUUCUGCUUGAUAAUUUCUUUA